ACUAAGCACAAUUGGGUCAACAUAUUUUCCUCCCCUUCUGUAUUAAAAAUUUGCUGUAUUCAACAUAAGCACAUUUUAAAACUAAAAUUAUUUAACAUCUGUGGGGGUUUGUUUUUAAGUAUACUGCAGUCAGUGUAGUAACUCCUUGUUUGAAAAAAAGGGCCUGACAGUCUUGGAUAAGAGAGAGAAUCAAAUGUCUUUACCAUACUCAAAGGGAUUUUACCAGAUGUGUGCAGCAUUCUUCAGAGUGUUCCUAAUAAGGAAAGUUUGCACAGUUACGGAGGAGUUCUGCAUUUGUAUAGCCAUGUGGUACAGGAUUUACUUUGGAUGGAGAGGAGAGAUAACCACUCCUUGCACUGCUUCAAAACAAUCUCCAUGGAAUAAGCAGCAAUUGCCGAUCGGGUCUGCCCUUCCUCCGUGAACACUGAUGCAGCAUUUGCCAGUAGCGAACUAGUUGAGCUUGCUUUGAGAGUCCAUUUGAAGAUUCGUAUUCAGUUCUUCUUGACUCUGAAGAUACAUGGUGGUGAAAGUCUAUGGGAACAAAGGAUUAUAGGAGUUAACAGUCUGAACAGUCUAUGAUAUCUGAUAUGACAUGGCUUCAGAAAAAUUUAUGUCUCCGUAUAAGAGUUCUGCAUUGGAUUAAUCUUCAGCCGGUCUCAUCGAGUUACCAAAGAAUAUCGGUGGAAAAGCAGAGUUUGGUUAAUGGGGUGACUUCACUUGGAACAGCAUGUCAGGGCACAGUGUUCGGCUGAAGUCUGUUCCUGUUCAAAGCCUUUCAGAAUUGGAGCGAGCCCGGUUACAGGAAGUAGCCUUUUAUCAGCUGCAGCAGGAGUGCGACUUGGGAUGUCAGAUAACUAUUCCAAAAGAUGGUCAAAAGAGGAAGAAAUCCUUACGAAAGAAACUGGAUUCCCUUGGAAAAGAAAAAAACAAAGAUAAAGAAUUUGUUCCCCAGGCUUUUGGAAUGCCCCUAUCACAAGUAAUAGCGAAUGACCGGGCCUACAAACUGAAGCAGGAUACGCAGAAGGAAGAACAGAGGGAUGUUUCAGAAUUUGUGGCUUCCCUUUUACCAUUUGGGAAUAAAAGGCAGAACAAAGAACUCUCAAGUAGUAACUCAUCUCUUAGCUCCACCUCAGAAACGCCCAACGAAUCUACUACACCAAACACUCCUGAGGCUGCUCCACGGACAAGGAGGAGAGGUGCAAUGUCUGUGGACUCCAUUACUGAUCUUGACGACAGCCAGUCUCGACUGCUAGAAGCUCUACAGUUAUCGUUACCUGCUGAAGCGCAGAACAAGAAAGAAAAGUCCAGGGAUAAAAAGUUAAGCCUCAAUCCUAUUUACAGGCAGGUCCCUCGGCUUGUAGACAGCUGCUGCCAGCAUUUAGAGAAACAUGGUCUCCAAACCGUGGGUAUAUUUCGAGUUGGGAGCUCAAAAAAGAGAGUAAGACAGUUACGUGAGGAGUUUGACCGUGGUGUGGAUGUCAUAUUGGAUGAAGAGCACAGUAUUCAUGAUGUGGCUGCUUUAUUAAAGGAAUUUCUUCGUGACAUGCCUGACCCACUCUUGACCAGGGAGCUUUAUACUCCUUUUAUCAACACUCUCUUGUUAGAACCGCACGAACAACUAAGCACCCUGCAACUUCUUAUUUAUCUUCUACCCCCCUGCAACUGUGACACCUUACAUCGACUCCUCCAGUUCCUUGCCACAGUAGCCAGCCAUGCAGAAGACAGGAUAGAUCAGGACAGCCAGGAGAUACCUGGAAACAAAAUGACAUCACUCAACCUAGCCACUAUUUUUGGACCUAACCUCUUGCACAAGCAGAAGACAACAGACAAAGAAUUCACAGUUCAAAGUACAGCACGAGCUGAAGAGAGUACAGCCAUUAUCGCAGUUGUACAAAAGAUGAUAGAAAACUACGAAACACUUUUUAUGGUUCCUGCUGACCUUCAAAAUGAAGUUUUGAUUAGUCUGCUUGAAACUGACCCAGAUGUUGUAGACUAUUUGCUGAGAAGAAAAGCUUCCCAGUCAUCAAGUCCUGAAAUGCUCCAGUCAGAGGUGUCAUUCUCCAUGGAAGGGAGACAUUCAUCCAUAGAUUCAAAUCGAGUGUCAAGUGGUGACAUCUCACCUUAUGACAACAAUUCUCCAGUGCUCUCGGAACGGUCUCUUUUGGCAAUGCAAGAAGAUACAUCCCUCAAUUCUGAGAAGUUAUUUAAAGUACCAGAACAAUGCACAUUGGUCAGCAGUUUUCAGCCAAAAUCAAGAGAGAAUUCCCUCGGAUCGUGGUUUGGGAAAGAUGUUUCAGAAGACUAUUUUGACAUCUGGGGAACCUGGCAUUCAACGCUGAAAAGUGGUUCCAAGGAUCGAGAAAUGACAGGGUCAUAUGGAGACAUCUACGAGAGCAGCUCACUGCGGCCAGGGCAGUGCUCUCUUUCUCAAGGGAACUUAUCACUGCCUUCCCCCCAGUGGCAGGAGAGCAACACAGAGCUAGAUAACGGGAAACAAAUAAUCCGAAGGAGUCAAACUACAGCCGCCCUUCCUGAAUACCGUCCUCAUCUCCCCCUGUCUCGAGUUUGCAGCACCCCACAAAUAGCCGGCAGAAGGAAUUCCAGCCAGUCCAGUUCAGAGCAACAGUUGCCAAAGAGUGAUACGGAGCAUCUAGUUCUGCGAGAUACGGAUGUCACUUGUUGGCACAGUUCAUCAAAGCCAUGGCACCUGAAGCAAGCUGAAGGCCUUCGGAAAGAGAGGCCGCCGCCACCUUACCCUGACAAAGCAAGGCCAGGUUCCACCUCUCCCCUCCAGGCAGCCGAGCAUGCACUGUGGAGGCCUCGCAGGCCGGACCUUCGCCCAGGGGCUGCGGGAGCAAGAGUCAUGACUCAAGUGCCUGAGCAGCCGGCCCUGUGUGAGGAGCAGCAGGACCACGUGGAGGGGGAGGGCCCCACUGCAGACAGUGAGCAGAACAGUAACAAUUUGGCCGAGCCUGACUGGCAUGACUGGCAGAGGGAUCGGUGGCAAAUUUGGGAGAUUUUAUCACCAGACAAUCCAGACGCUCUUCCCGAAACAUUGGUAUGAGUAGAGGUGAAGCAGUGUCCAAACUUUCCCCAGCUAGAGAAGAAAGGGCACUGGGACCUGGACUCCAGCUUUGUUUUAUACCAAGCAAAAGUCUUUUAAUUUUUAUUUUUACGAAAAAUAAAAAAACUAUGCUCACUUUAUACAGAAUUUUAAAAGCACUGUAGAAUUUAUGAAGCCUUUUUUCUGGUUUUGUAAUCAUAGCAAGAAGGAAAAAUGUGAUGACAAUUCCAGCCCUGACCACUUUGUAAAAUAUAAGCUGUAUGUACAAUAAAACGACAGCCUUGAUGUUGCUAAGAUGUAUUUAUGUAUCUGCAGUUCAGAUGAUUGUAUAUUCUGCAAAAAUUUUGUAUGAUAGUAUUGUGACAAUAUGCAGGAGAUGAGCAACGUUUACUGCUUUUUUUUGAAAAAUAAUAGUAAUAAUCAACACUGCCUUUAGUAAUAUUACCACAAGACGCAAAGGCUUUAUUGGACGUGCACAAGCAGGUUUCUGUGCUUUUAACAUAUUUUCACUGACUACCAAAAAACAAAAAAUAAAAAAACACUAAUGUGGAAUGAAAACAUUAAAAGCCAUAUAUUUUAUAGUAAGCAGUUUAGAGGAGAAGAGUGUCUACCAUAUUAUUUGCUUGCAAGUAAAAUUUAAAAUUUGAUGCAAUAUUGUAAAAUAGAUAUUUUUUAGAUUCUAUUAGAAAACAGUUUCACUUCUUCAAAAGCAAGGCUGUGCCUACACAAAGCAAAUGGAACCCAAAGAUCCUUCCACCCAUUCAAAAUUCAUUACAGUGUUAUAUACACAGAAUAUAUAUUUAUAAAAGUAUGUUUUAAUGCAACUGGAAUCCAAAUCAAAUCAUCAAUAAUAAAUUCCCUUUUAAAAAGUUCAGUGUCAGGAAAACCCUAAUAUAAAGGAAACAAGGCUUCUCCAGAGAGAUUCCAGAGAGAAUAUAAUUAUUGUACGUAAAACUUGUGCCAAAUGUGCAGUGUAAAAUUUGUUACAUGGUGAUACUCAAUUUGUCAUACCAAGUUGCAAGAACAUUUAUGGUCAGUAGGUGGCACUAUGUUACCAUUUUACGAAUGGUUGCUUUUUCACUUGAGAAGGAAAAAGUCUACCUAUUUAAACACUUUAAAAUACACUUGCCUUAAUUUUAUGGAAGGUAAAAAUCUUAUCCAGUGGUGGAUAAGUCUUGUCCAGUGGUGUCUUUACGUAAUGUGCCACAAUGAUAGAAUAAAUACCUACCAAAAAAGAA